UCAAUUUUGUACAUCCUAGCAGUCACGUGCCUCUCAGGUGCUUGCUAGCGUAAUGGUCGCCUGGGGACGACGACUACCCCCGGUAGUGUUCUUCGUCCCCAUUUCCUCAACUGUCAAAACUCACGUCGAUCAACGGCUCUCGCACUCUCUCCCUGCGAGUCUACAAUCCCCAAUUUCCCACGCUAGGGUUCUCACCGCUACCGUCUAUUCGGGGAUUUUCUCGUACCCAAACUCACAAGGUACAUAGGAUAAAGCUUUUAAAGUGCCAGAUUUGAUUGUGAUCAGCAUGAAUUACCUAAUUGGAGCUUUCAAGCCAUCAUGUAACAUCUCAAUCACAUUUUCUGAUGGAAAAACACGCAAGCAGGUCCCGCUAAAGAAAGAAAAUGGUCACACAGUCAUGGUUCCACUUUUCCAAAGUCAAGAAAACAUUGCUGGGAAGAUUUCGAUAGAACCACUUCAAGGGAAAAAAGUUGAUCACAAUGGGGUGAAAGUCGAGCUCCUUGGCCAGAUAGAGAUGUACUUUGAUAGAGGCAACUUCUAUGACUUUACUUCCCUUGUUCGUGAACUGGAUGUUCCUGGAGAUAUAUAUGAGAAGAAAACCUAUCCAUUUGAGUUUUCCACUGUUGAAAUGCCAUAUGAGACAUACAAUGGGGUGAAUGUGAGGCUUAGGUAUGUCCUGAAAGUCACAAUCAGUCGUGGUUACGCUGGUAGCAUUAUGGAAUACCAGGAUUUUGUGGUUCGCAAUUACUCCCCACCACCAGCAGUUAACAAUAGCAUCAAGAUGGAAGUUGGAAUUGAAGAUUGCCUGCACAUUGAGUUUGAGUAUAACAAAAGCAAGUAUCACCUGAAAGAUGUUAUAAUAGGCAAGAUAUAUUUUCUUCUUGUAAGAAUCAAGAUAAAAAAUAUGGAUCUAGAGAUCAGGCGGCGAGAAUCUACAGGAUCAGGGGCCAAUACCCAUGUGGAGACAGAGACACUUGCUAAAUUUGAGUUGAUGGAUGGUGCUCCGGUUAGAGGUGAAUCAAUUCCAAUCAGGCUGUUCCUUAGCCCUUAUGAACUGACACCGACACAUCGGAACAUCAAUAACAAAUUUAGUGUGAAGUAUUAUUUGAAUCUUGUUCUAGUCGAUGAAGAGGACCGACGGUACUUUAAGCAGCAGGAAAUCACAAUAUAUAGGCUUCAGGAAACAUCUUCCUGAUUACUUCUCACAGGGUUUGGGCAUUCGAUCCCACUUGAAAGGGAAAAGAAAAUUAAUUUGCAUCGCAGACGCCUUGUAAAGCCUUUUAGGUUUCAUUUUGCCAGUCGGAGAAUUUUGUUUCUAUAAAGAAUUAGAAUGGCUUGCACUCUUGCCAAGUGACAGCUUAGCACCACAUUGUCGCAAAUUAUGUACAUGAGCCAUGCUGGGGCGGGGAAAGAUCUCUGGUCGUUGUUAUGAUACAAUGAACAAUCAUCUGAAACCAGCUGUUGUGACUUACUUUUGCAUUGUUUGAUCAUUUCAGCA